UCCAAAGCCACGCAACCACAUUAUCCACACUGGUUAAAUCAAAAGAUCAAGCUGCUGGUGACGUGUCACAAAGUUGGACAGUUCACUUUUUAAAAAUAAAACCAAUUCAAGAAAAUAAAGAAAAAAGGAGAAAAGAAAAAUAUGCGGUGGGAGGGGCUUGACAUAGAUUUUGGACUUUUGGUAUAUGAAAAUCAGAAUAUCACAAAUUCACAGUCCACAUGACCACCAGCUAUGAACAACAAUCCUCCACAUAUUCUCCUUUCUCUUUCUUUUCCCCCUCUCUAACUCAACCACAGAGAGAGAACAAAACAAUGGUUGCAGGUGAAAGAUGAAGAGGGGCAAAACAGGGUUAUGCAUCUUCCAUGGCCUGUCAUUGUGCUUAUUAUGUAUUUCCACCAUCACCACUAAGGAAGAACUUCUACAAGACCACUAUUCUUCUCUCAUCAAAAAGACCCAAGUCUCUUUUGCUUUCUGCCAUCAGCAACAAUAGAGACUCUUACAAUUCUUUGGUUUCUGAGGCUAUUAGUCUUUUGGGUCCAGCAACGUUCGACGCUUCAAAGCUCAAAGUUGAAUUUAUAGGAGAAGAGUUCAAUGAUUAUGUAGGAAUCAUCCCAAGAACUUACAUCCUAUCACAUUGUGACUUCACAGCUAACCUAACCUUAACGAUCUCCAAUGUCAUCAACCUUGAUCAGUUAAAAGGAUGGUACAGCAAGGAUGACGUGGUUGCAGAAUGGAAACGGGUGAAUGGUGAAAUGUGCCUACAUAUUCAUUGCUAUGUGAGCGGUCCCAAUCUCAUGCUGGACCUGGCCGCAGAGUUUAGAUAUCACAUAUUUUCCAAAGAAAUGCCUUUGGUACUCAAAGCUGUGUUACAUGGAGACUCUCUACUUUUCAGAGAGCAUCCCGAGCUAUUGGAUGCCUUGGUUCGGGUUUAUUUUCAUUCCAAUUUGAAGAAGUACAAUAGAAUUGAAUGCUGGGGGCCUCUCAAGGAUGCUGUAGAGGGAAGACAAGGGGAUCAUACCAAAGGAAUAACUGCACACAUGGAUUCUUCCCAUCCUCGGGACAAGCAGAGAACGCCAAAAUCAAUAUUUCAAGUUCUAUUUGCAUUCCUUCUUUGAUUCUUUGAAGUCAAUAACUGCACAUAUGGAUUCUUCCCAUCCUCGGGACAAGCAGGGAACGCCAAAAUCCAUAUUUCAAGUUCUAUUUGCAUUCCUCCUUUGAUUCUUUGAAGUCUAUUGCGUAUUAUGAUCUCGAAGUUUUUUAAUACCUUCGAGGCUUGUCAACUUCAACAGCUAACGCCAGAGGCAGUGAAGGAAUCAGCUUUCAUGUGUAAAGUUCAAAUAAUUCUUUGGGAAGACGCAAAAAGGGAAAAAAAAUCAGGUUGAUGUAAAACAAGGACUGUUUGGGGUUCAUAAAACUGAUUCACAAUUUUUCUGUGACUAAGACCAAUUUGUUCAUGCGUUAAUCAAUGGCUAAUGUCUUUGUUGC